AUGGGAAACUCGCAGGGAAAAGAGUCUCUACCGGAGCGAAGGGGCCAUGGCCGCCGCUCCAGCGCACACAACAUCGCUUCUCCAACCACAGCCGGGCCCGGACACGACAGAUCAAGCAAUAAUCCCUAUGGCAACUCGAGAAGGGAUAGAGGCAGCAGACCAGACCUGUCCAUUCUCGGCUUCCGAUCAACAGACCAUGCUGAGCGAGAUCCUGCUCUCGAGCCGCGCCGUGAGACAAAGGCAGAGAGGGAGGCCCGGAAGCUGGAGAGAGAGCGUAUUCUUCGGGCGCAGGAGCGCGAAAGAAGUCUGAGAGAGGAGGGUGUUGAUGGAGGCUAUUUGGUCACACUUGGAGUCUAUACCGGUCCCGAAGACUUCAGCAAGGCCGCGGUGCGACAGCUGCAGAUUGAGCGCCGACUUGCUCCCUUUUGGAGAGGUCUCGAUGACCACCAAGACACUUGGACUGAGCACCAGCUCGUCGAAGUCGUAAACGGCCGCCCGCUACCCGCUGCCGACGCCAUUCCUCCACAAGAGCCGCCUCGACCGAACAACAACCUCAGUCCAGUAUGGAACCCCCGCAGCUCUGAGCCGAACCUGAACCAACUUACUGUACCCAUGGGCUCCCGAUCCAUGUCGCAAGAGCCAGAGCGCCUAUCACCUUCGCACCCCGGCUCCUCUCUUCCUUCACCUACAUCGCCAAUGUCCAACCAAUCCUCCUCCUCGCCCUUCUUCCGCAGUCGCGCAAAAACUCUAGCUUCUCUCGCAACCGGUUCGCGCAAUGCAUCACAGGCCGACAUGGCUCCCCAGGAAGUACAGCUGCCAAAGGAUCCGUACGUCAAUGGUCAACGGGUGGAGGCUUUUCUAUACAAGAAUGCGUCAGAGUGCCCCAUCUGCUUCAUGUACUACCCACCACAUCUCAACCGAACACGUUGUUGCGAUCAGCCCAUCUGCUCAGAGUGCUUUGUCCAAAUCAAGCGUCCGGACCCGCAUCCCCCGGAGCACCACGGAGAGCCUGGAGCCGAGGGCUCGCCACCCGCUGAGCCGGAAGAGGAGAUCCAAUUGGUGUCAGAACCCGCUGCAUGCCCAUACUGCACACAAACCGAGUUCGGAGUGACGUAUGAGCCACCGCCUUUUAGGAGAGGCCUAGUCUACAGCGGCCAGGGCUCAACCCAUUUGGGCAGCGCAACAUCGGCAAUGUCAUCCACGACAUCCUUGCAUUCACCCACUUCCGCUGGAUCGGGACGAAGAAGGGCAACGUCACUCGCGGUUAAUGACAAGACAGUUGUUACAACAGACAUGGUGCGGCCUGACUGGGCGAAGAAGCUUGCGGAUGCCAAGUCCCACGCUUUACGAAGGGCUGCUGCGGCCACGGCUCUACACAACGCUGCCUACAUGAUGGGCAAUCUGCAACAGGGAGAGAGUCGCUUUGGUAUCGGCAGGCGAAGGCGACUAUUCACUACCGAUAGCGGCGGUAGUAGUGGAAAUGGGACACCACGACGCGAAGGCGAAAGCUCUUCAGGCCAGCAGGGAUCUUCAAGCGAUUUGUUUCCCAAUCGGUUGAGCUCGAGGAGAGGCAACAGACUUGAGGAUCUCGAAGAUCUCAUGAUGAUGGAGGCUAUCCGUCUUAGUUUGGCAGCCGAAGAAGAGCGUAAGAAAAAGGAUGAAAAGGAAGCUGCCAAAGAAGCCCGGAAGGAGGAAAAGAAGAAGACCAAGGAGUUCAAGAAGGUCGUAAAGGCCCAACGUAACAUUGGCAGCGGCUUUCACCCUAUAUCUAUUGACGAUGUUGAUGGCGCAGAAGCCAGCAGUUCGGGUGCAGUCGGAAAAGGUAAAGGAAUCGACCGAUCUGGUAGCGCAGGUGGCUCCAAGUCAGAGCUGGGAUCGAGUUCACACACUGCCUCUACCAAGGAUGAUCCUCAAGGCCAUCUUGAAGCCAGCCGUGCGCAAAUUCAGCGAGAAACGUCCGACUCGGCCAAUUCCGCAACGCUCGAUCCGCACAACAACGAGCAGCAGUCACACCGCGCUCUGAUGCGCAAUCUGUCAAACGCCUCGUCGUCCACGUCGUCGUAUUCCGAGUCCUACCAAAACUCGUUGCGACAAGAGGGUCAGAGCAAUCUAGUGGCCGGUUCAUCAUAUUCACCCAGUCUGAAUGCUUCAGGGGAUAGUCCUCCACAGAUCCCAAAUAUCCCAACUAACACGGAGCCCAUGUUCAACUUUGAAAGUCUUAAAGAAGCCAUUUCCCCGGAGGAGGAGAAUAAGAACGAGAACAAACCCCAGUUUAUUGAGGAUGUUGGAGAGACGAAGACUCAGUUGCAGGUAGACGGUGCCAACAAGGCGGCUGAAGACUCGACAAGCAGUACUGCAGACGUUUCAGAUCAACUGGCUGAGAGCACAACAACGCUCAGGCCAAAUGACGACGCGCCAAAGGCGGUCGGUGCCCACAAUGCUGGCAAUGAUGAGAUUAGCCCGGCGCCUCCUGUUGAGUUUGUUUCUGACGAGCGCUCUCACAUGGACCAGAAGCAUAUUGGGGAAGUCAGCAUGGCACAUGAAGUGAGCCAGCACCACGCUACUCAGUAG